AAGCUUGUUUUCCAGCAAAGAAUCAGAGUAUGAAAUUCGGGCAGGAUUAUUGAAAAGAUUGUCUUUCACCAUAUUUUGCUCUGAAACUGAUCAGUACACUCGUUAUAUACCUGAAAUACAAGAGCGAUUGGCUGAGGUAACUCGAUUAGGGCAAGUUGUUCCUUCUUUAGUGGCUCAGGUACUCCUCUGUUUUCGGGUGUUGCUCCUACGAAUGUCACCACGAGGUGUGACAUCACUGUGGCCUGUUAUUAUCACUGAACUAGUCCAAGUAUUUCUUAUGAUGGAACAAGAAUUGGCUACAGAUUCUGAACAAUUCAGCAAAAAGGGGGCAAGUUCACACCUGAAACGUCUUUCAACUUUGGAUUCUUCGUGGGUGUUCAGCUCUCAGAAUGGGUGAAUGCACGGAAUCAUCCUGCUUGGCUUAACUUUAUAUCUAGAAGCCUGUAAGCUUUUAGAUCUAAUGUUAGCUUUGCCUGCACAACAUUUGCCGCAGUUCCAAAUGUAUCGUUGGGCAUUUGUUGGUCCAAUUCCUAAUGUAAAGAAUGAAGAAAAGAAUGAAGGAGCUGGCAACAUUCUUCUUAAAAGCUGUGAUUUUGUGCCUCACAUUGCCCGCAUAGCUAAACUGAUGGCUGACAAGCCUGCAAAUAAUAAGAACAACAACAAACUUCUCGACCAUUGCCCAGGUCAUUUGCUACUUACUGCACCUAACAUAUCUACUUUGGUAGAUCUUCAGCCAUUCUUUAAUACCUUAGUAUCCCCAUCAUUUACUCCAGUAGCAGCGACUGUUGGUCAUUCAACUACUUCAUCAACUGUAUCAACUUCAGGAUCUGGUCUAUCCUCUAGUCUUUCUCACAUAGAGGCAGUUAUUGAAAGGGAUUUUCUUGAACCCUUGCCUUCAUAGAUUGUGGUUUUUAUGAUUUUCUGUUUUCUUCAAAUGUGAUUAUUGCAGUUAUCAACCAAAGAUUUAUUGUAGCUGAACUGGGUGUGCAGUUGACUGUGCAGACAAUAAUUCUAAUUGAUUUCUAAAAUGUAAAUCACUCAGGUGCAGCUGUAGUUGUUAUUGUAGUAACAGAAUAUUUUAAUAAGUUUUAGUGUAGUUAUUUUAUCAAAGAUUUGUUUAAUGUAAGACUUAUCAUGGAGCAAAAAUCUCUGUCCUUUGUGAUUAUUUGACUCUUCUGAACUUGAGAGGUGUCUUGAUCUUGAUACCUUUCAAAUGUGGAGUGAUGAUUAUUAUAUAUAUAUAUAUUUGCAAUUUUUCCUCUCAUGGAAGAUGAGAAGUUGUCAAUAAUAGAAUUGCUUUAGAGCACAAUAUAAGACCAGCCCAGUGGCAUGCAGAUAGUACACAUACUGAUAUAUGAAAUUCCUUCUAUGUAUACACAUACUGAAAAUGUUUCUAGUUGAGAUUUAGAUUUAGAUUAUUACUUUAUUUGGAACUGCUGUUAAAUAUAGGGUGCUUGGUCAUCAGGUUUUCUUUUUUGAUUUUUCAUUGGAUUUUGACCUUUUCAGUCACAAUGUAGAUAAGGUACCGUUAUGAAGAAAAAUGAUUCCCAUAGGGAGGUGGAACAUGACUUAACAAAUAUUGUAAUUUGAAUAAUUUUCUCAAAUUUGAACAGCGAAAAAAUAUGUUCUUCAUAGAAAUUGCGGUUACAGGUUCCAGUUUAUUUGUUGUUGUGUGGGCAUAUUUACAAUGAUGGUCAUCACUAAUGUGUAUAAAAAUAUGAGUAAAUCCUCAUGUAAUAGUAUGUAAUAUUUGAGAAAGGUAUAAGUUUUGUAACCAUGGAAUAUCAGAUGUAAUUACAUGAAGUAACAAGUACUGCAGUAUUUUGUGAUUAAAGUAACUGUGGUGUAAGU